CAACGGUACACAAGCUGAGCCAAAAACACCCAGAAUUGGACACUUGCUCUCCUUGCUUUUGUUGGAUCUAUAAGGAACUAUACACUAACUUCUGACAACUUUAUGGAGUCAGAGAUUCAGAGUGCUGCCAGAUCUCAAAAAACAGGGAUGAGGAGAACACAACCAAGCCCAUAUGAAAUACCAGAUGACAGCAGCAUUAUCCAAUUUAGUGCAAAUGGCAGAAAAAAGCAGAAGGAGGAGAUGCGUAAAUACCUGGCACUGCCAAUUGGAGAGAAAACAUCCCACACUGCAAGAAUGAGGGCCAAGCUAAAGAAUGAGCUGGUGGGAGAUCCAAAGGAGGAGGAAGAGGAAAAGGAGAAGAAGAGGACUCUGAAGCAAAGCAAGAGUAACAUGACAGUCCCUGAACAGACAUCAGGAAAACGUGAGCUGAAAGUUUUCCCCAUGAAAAGAGAAAACAUCACAAAGCACAGCAAAUAUGAAUUCCUCUCCAUGGAACGACAAAAAGCUGUUUUGGAGUUGUCCCUGAUAGCAAAGAGGUCAGAAAUUUUGAAGAUGGACAGGACUGUUGUGAAAGAAGAAAAGCAGCUGAGAGAACUUGAGAAGAACAUUGAGAGACAGAACCAGAGGUUUGAGGAGUUCCUUAAGGAGAACGAGAGAAAGUCUGUGGAAGCCAGAACCCUUUUUGAACAGGAGGACAAAUCAAAGCAGGAGAAGAAUGCUGAGAUUAAGAAGCUCACUGCUGAAAUAGGGAUAAUAAAAAGGGAAAUCUUUGGAUUUGAAGAAACCCUGAUGGACUACAAACGCUACAAAGAGUUUCUUCACCGUCUUUCUCCUCCAGAGUGGCAGGAAGAGCAGAAAUUAAAGGCCUUAAAAGCUAAAGAACCUUCUGACAAAGAUGGAGAGGAAAACCAGGAGGUGACUCUCCAAAACGAUUUGGAAAGGAAAGCGUCAGGUUCGGACAGAGAAGCGUCCUCCUCAGCUCACCUCAGUGAUCCAAGCACAAAAGACAGCUCUGACUAUGAGGACGAUCCAGAGCUGUACUUCACCGACCCCCAGCAGCUGCUGGACCUGAUGGCAGAGCUGACCGAGCAGAAUCUGUCUCUCAUUCAGGACUCCGUUAGGGUGGAGGAGAAGCUGGAGGAGCUCCAACACUCAAUAGAGGCCACCAGAAGAGAGAUUGACGAAGAUGAACGGCAGAUCAAAGUGCAGAUUGAUGAGGUAAAGCAGAGAAUGGACAGGGAGAGGGCGAGAGCCGCCAAGCUCCAACAGAAGGUUCAGCUGCACACGUCCCUGAGCACAGAGGAGCGAGAUGCUAUGUUGGAUGCUCUCAGUGAGAAAGUGGCAAAGGUCCACCGGAGCUGCGUGGAUGACAGAAUGACCAACCUCAGCACCUUUGAGAAGGUGGCGAACAUCGAAAACUGUAUGCUGUCACUGCUGGAGGGCCUGGAGAGCAUUCCUGGAGAGACGCUGGAGAGCAUGAGGAAAAUCAAGGAGAGUGAGAAGAGGACCAGACAGCGCGAGGAAAAGCUGAGGGAACAGAAAGAAAAACAGGAAGAAAGGAUGAAGAGAUACCUGGAAAGAUCUUUUUCCGACUCAAAGAAAAAGAGUGGGAGAAAGCUCAUGCCCAGAUGCAUGCCCGUUCCACAGAAGGUCAAGGUCAAGACUGUGGAAAGGAAUCCAGCUGAAGAUGAGAUCCAGGAGUAUCUCUUUGGUUCUGAGCACACCAACUAAAAGAAAAAAAAACUGAACCAUAAUCUAAAAUAUGUAAAGUUUAGUACUUUUAAAAAUAUAUAUUUUUCAGUGUUUUUCCAAUCAAGGUUAUGCUAAAUUUAGGUGGUGUCCUGGAUUAAAUGGUGCAUUUUGAAUUAGCGACAUAUGGCGUGAAGGGGUCAAAGCCCUGCCUUUGCCCAACAGUAGCUGUUAUAGGCUCCAGCAACCUCGUGCUACCAAAAGGGAUUUAGUGGGAUCAGUAGAUGAAUGGAUGAAUUUUAAACCAAUUAGGAAUGAAUGUUCCAAUUGGGAUUUUAUGGUCUUUAAAAAACAAUCAAGACCGCACUUUUCCAUACAUUAUUGUAUUGCAGAAUCAAUUUUCUAAUUAUAAAAAUGUCUAAAGAAAAUUAAGCUUAAGAUUGCAUUUCUAAGAAUUUCUUUAUUUAAUCCCUUGUGCAUCAGUAGUAAAUGGGAAAAAAUCAGUUUGAAAAAAGGUAUGUAACAAGAUUUGUUACAUAGAACUCAAGCUGGGUGGGCCACAAGCUUCCUGCUCCACUCCCUUCUGAUGCAUCAAUUUAUAGACCACUGCAUCCAUAAACGUUUUGGUUUUCCUCUUCUGACAUUUUGCCAAUAUUGGUCGCUGUUGUUGUCGCAUCGAUAAUGUUAGGUUGGGGGUGUGAGGAAGCUAGUGGAAGAAAGCAUAAACAAAGAGCUCUCAGUUGUGGAUGACAGGAAGGGGGGGGCGGAGCGGCAACAGUCCCUCUCACCGUGCAGAGGUGAAUUUCUAAAUGAACAUUGCCGCUCUCCAGAAACUAUGUCCUAGAAAGAAAGAAAAAUGCAUAAUCAUAAUCAAAAGACACUAAACUAAAAAAGUAUGUUUUUCUUUAUUUCUCUUCCUUUUCUUCUUGGACUAAAACAUCAACAAUACUUGUUUGCUCUUCCUUUAUAUCUUUUUCUAUGUAUAGUUGGUGAUUUGCAUGAUAGUUUAAAUAAAGUCAACAUUAAAAAGUCAU